CCUUCCUCACUCGGCCCUGCUAGCAAAAUGUAAACCCUCCUUAAGUCCUAAACCGGGCUGGGCUGGAGGCAGGGCAUGGAUUACCGUAGCCUGAACUGGGUCGGCGGGGCACACCGCAACGUGCCAGUGGAUUACCGGUGUCUCGACUACCGGGAUUUGGUGCUGGAUCGUCCAUAUGUCCCUCAGAGCAUCUUGGAGACUGACUUUCCCACCCCGCUGUACAGCGAUCAGUACGUGUCAUUGAGGGGCCCCCAAAAUGCACCCAUUAUAAAGGAGGCCGUCCGCUGGAAGUUCACCCCCAUGGGCUGGGACGCGAUCCCGCAGACCUGGUACACGGGGCUCACCAACAGCCACAACCGCGAGGCCUGGUACACCCUGACCCAUGGCAUCGGCCGGGAAGCCUAUCACCGCUGGCAGAAGUCCCAUGCCAAACGGGAGAGGACGCUUCCGCCGGCGUACGCCCAACAUAUGAAAGAGAGCAGCUGGUACGAUCCAAUUGUCCCUGCCCAGUACUUGGAAACUAGUACUCGUUGGGGUGCGUUCUUGUGGAAGGACAAGCCCAUCCUUGGAAAGGAGUACGUUGUCAACCGCAACCGGGCUGCCGAAGAGCUGAAGGGGAAACCAGGCUACGUCCCCUACCUGUCGCUCCACACGCCGGCCUUCACCCGGAAGGACUACCGUACCUGGAGGAUGUUUAGCCACAGCCCUUCGACCAACAACCAGUGAAGCAGAUUCCUGCCAGCUGACGUGGCGUGAGGACCGUCAUCCUUCGCCCACACCUAUGCUAACGCUCUGGCCCCAAGAAAGAGGUUUUCUAGCUGUGUUUGUGUGUAAUAUAUUUUAUUAUAGCCCACCGCCAUUCUACCGGGACAGGUCUGAAAGGCGGGCGUGUGGCUGGAGCCUGGAGGGUGUAGAGAGAGAAAUCUAGGCUCCUGUGUGAAGGCGAAGAGGAGGGCCUCCUGCUGUGGUGCGUAAUUCUGUGCCAAGACCAAAAAGAAAUUGCAGUUCUGCAACCUGCACAUACAGAUUCUGCAAUCGA